AUGCCGCCCUCGGGGCUGCGGCUGCUGCCGCUGCUGCUGCCGCUGCUGUGGCUGCUCGUGCUGACCCCCGGCCGGCCGGCCGCCGGCCUCUCCACCUGCAAGACCAUCGACAUGGAGCUGGUGAAGCGGAAGCGCAUCGAGGCCAUCCGCGGCCAGAUCCUGUCCAAGCUGCGGCUCGCCAGCCCCCCGAGCCAGGGCGACGUGCCGCCGGGCCCGCUGCCGGAGACGGUGCUGGCGCUGUACAACAGCACCCGCGACCGGGUGGCCGGGGAGAGGGCCGAGCCCGAGCCCGAGCCCGAGGCCGACUACUACGCCAAGGAGGUCUCCCGCGUGCUCAUGGUGGAGUACGGCAACGAAAUCUAUAAAAAAAUCAAGUCUGGCUCUCACAGCAUAUACAUGCUCUUCAACACGUCAGAGCUCCGGGAAGCGGUGCCUGAUCCCUUGUUGCUGUCCCGGGCAGAGCUGCGCCUGCAGAGGCAAAAACUGAACACAGAGCAGCGCGUGGAGCUGUACCAGAAAUAUAGCAAUAAUACCUGGCGCUACCUCAGCAACCGGCUACUGGCCCCCAGCGACACGCCGGAGUGGCUGUCCUUUGAUGUCACUGGAGUUGUGCGGCAAUGGCUGAGCCACGGAGGGGAAAUAGAGGGCUUUCGACUCAGUGCCCACUGUUCCUGUGACAACAGCAAUAACACACUCCAAGUGGAAAUCAACGGCUCAACGCCAGCUGGCAGUCCCAGUCGUAGGUGA